AUGGUUUUCUUCCUUAGAGGCCUCAAACUGAUACAGCGUACGCCGCAAAUAGCUCGGAUAUCCCUACUUUGCCGUGGCAAGCCAAUCGGUCGCGAGGAGCUCUUUGCAUAUACUAAUGGUCAUUUCCUUGUCGACGAACAACACCAGCUUGAUCGGCGCUACCUGAAGUUCGACUUAGAUGCUCUUUGUGACAUUGCUGCUUUGGUCGAUGGGGACUCAUCUCGUAUUGUAACUACCGAGAAGCUCGAAGGGGGUUUCAGCAAAGCUCUUUUAAUGAAAAAGGAAAACGGAAAGGAAGUCAUUGCGAAGCUUCCCUGUCGCAUCGCUGGACCAACCUCCCUUACAACAGCAUGUGAGGUAGGCGUUUUGGAAUAUGUGAGGAAGUAUACGAGUAUUCCUGCCCCGCGGGUCUUUUCCUGGUCUUCAGACGAUUCAAACCCUGUGGGUGCUGAAUAUAUUAUAAUGGAGAAGGCUGCAGGGGUUCCAUUGGUUGAGCAAUGGGGAAAGAUGGCAGAAAUUGAUAAACUGAAGCUUAUAAAGAACCUAACGAAGCUCGAGGCUCAGCUUGCGGCUAUUCGCUUUCCUGCAUAUGGUGGACUGUAUCGUCAAGCAGAUGUGAAUCAUUUGCAGUGUCAAGAACUCAGCGGAAGCAUAGAUCCAUUCAACCUGUUCCGUAUUGGUCCCUCUUGUGAUCGCUCGUUUAGUACCGAUUCCACUGCGGACUUUUCCACUCAAAGUGGGGAUCUUGAUCAAGGGCCUUGGAAUACCCUAUCAGAUUUCGGGAUAUCAAUUGCAAUGCGAGAGCUAUAUCAGAUCUCAAGCACACACCCGAAUAAUAAGCAACCAAUAUUUAGUCGAGGAAGCAUUCAAGAACAAACCCAGCUUUUAAAGUACGCAAUGGAUCUUAUGCAGAUGCUGGACUCACACCCAGUGUUAUCCCAGUCUGCUCAGCCUACAUUAUGGCACAGUGACCUUCAUAUGGGGAAUAUUUUUGUUUCACCUGACGAGAGCUCAAGGAUAGUAUCCCUAAUUGAUUUUCAAUCUUUAUCGAUCCUUCCGCUCUUUCUUCAAGCCCAAUGGCCAGUAUUUCUAAAGCCUCCGCAAAAUUAUAUCAAAGGAUUUGUGCAACCUGAACUGCCUGAUGACUUCAGGGAACUGGACGAAGAAUAUAAAACUACUGCGUUACAGGAAUGGUCCCAGUCCAAGCUAGCAAAAGCAUACGAAGUUGCGACAUGCCUUGAAAACAGAGUUGCACAUAACGCCAUGAAUAUACCCCGUGUUUUUCGGGAUUUUUUCAUCCACUGUGGAGAAGUCUCUGAAGUUGGUGCCAUUCCACUGCGAGAAUGUUUGAUAGAGAUUUUCUGGAAUUGGUCCAGUUUGGGCUUCACUGGUCAAUAUCCUUAUUCAUUCAGUGCUGAAGAGAUUGCCACACACGAACAUCAAUUUGCUAAAUAUCAAGCCUGGCACGAGGUCCAACACCUCGCCCAGGAAUGCCUGGAUACCGAUGCUGAAGGCUGGAUCGCCCCACAACUUAAUAUUGAAGAGAAGCGGAGGCAAAACAGGGAGCUUUUAUCUUUGUACAUAGAGCAAAUGGCUGGAGAAAAAUCCCCUGACGAAGCAAGAGCGAUGUGGCCUUUCCCAGGAUCAUGA